AUGGCAGACUUCCAGAAGCCUCCGCCGGCGCAGGAAACGCAUGCCUACCCGACCGUGUAUGCAGCGCCAGUUCAGACAGUGGUGUACGUCGAGAAUGCGCCUCAGACGCGUCAGGCCGCAGUGAACGAGCACGGCGUGAUGGUCGGCGCGUGGUCGGUCGAUUUCUGGGGCUGCUGCGAUAUCAUGAUCCCAAACUGCUGCAUGGUGACGUUCUGCCCGUGCAUUUCGCUGGCCCAGAUCUCCGAGCGCUUGGGUGCUGCCCCGUAUCGACGCGUAUUGGUGAUCUUCUUACUGCUUACUCUUGCUGAGGUUAUAGCUGGUCUGUACUCGUCCUCUUCAAGCACCGAUGCAGGCUGGUGGUACAGUUCAACGUCAACAACUAGAGAAUACUCGGACGACCACGAAAGCGAUAGCAAUUCAGUGCAAUCAUGGACUGUCACCGUUGUGAGAGCGAUUUUUUUCGUGUACAUUUGGCACUUACGUCAAACCACUCGCCGGAUGUUCCGGAUUCCAGGAAGCCCGUGCGAUGAUUGCUGGGCAUCGUUCUGCUGCUCCUGCUGCACAAUGGCGCAGAUUGCCACACACAUCAAGAGCUACAAACCGGGUGACUGCAGCUUUGGGCCGCCGGAUGUGCUACCACCAUACAUGGGGACGCCAACACAACCUACGUCGUAG